AUGCGUCUGUCUUCUUCUGCCCUCGUUUUGGGCGCCGCUUCGGCCGUUGCUGCCGAGCAGCACGUUCUCACCGGAGGCAGCUCCGAUAAGGUCUCAUACACCUUCGCGGACAAGACCGAGUCAUGGGUCAAGCCAUUCGAGGAGCUCUAUGGCGAGAUGAAGUCCGAGGCCAAGGGCAUCUGGGACGAAGUCUCUAUGCUGAUGCCCGAUGCCAUCGAGGCCUUCAAGCAGACGGUCUCCGGCCCCAAGCCCAAGCCUGCUACCCGUCGCCCAGACUCCCACUGGGAUCACAUCGUCAAGGGCGAGGAGGUCUACAAGGCCAAGGUUUCGGCCUCUUCUACCGGCCGUGCCGAUAGCUACCUGAAGAACUACAACCUUCGUGCCAAGUCUGUCGACCCCUCCAAGCUCGGCGUCGACACCGUCAAGCAGUACAGCGGUUACCUCGAUGACGAGGAGGAGGACAAGCACUUGUUCUACUGGUUCUUCGAGUCCCGCAACGACCCCGAGAACGACCCAGUUGUCCUCUGGCUCAACGGUGGCCCAGGCUGCUCCUCGCUCACUGGUCUCUUCCUUGAGCUGGGCCCUGCCUCUGUUGACCAGAAGCUCAAGCUCGUCAACAACCCCUCCGCAUGGAACAACAAUGCUUCCGUCAUCUUCCUCGACCAACCCGUCAAUGUUGGUUACUCUUACAGCAGUGGAAGUGUCAGCAACACUGUUGCUGCCGGCAAGGACAUUUAUGCCCUCCUCACUCUCUUCUUCCAACAGUUCCCUCAGUAUGCUAAGCAGGACUUCCACAUUGCUGGAGAGUCGUAUGCUGGCCACUACAUCCCCGUCUUUGCCAACGAGAUCCUGAAGCAUGAGGAGCGCAACAUCAACCUCAAGAGUGUGCUCAUUGGUAACGGUCUCACUGACGGCCUUACCCAGUAUGCUUACUACCGCCCCAUGGCGUGCGGUGAGGGUGGUCACGAAUCUGUUCUGAGCCAGGGCGAGUGCCAGUCGAUGGACAACGCUCUCCCCCGAUGCCAGUCUCUCAUCCAGAACUGCUAUGAUUCUGAGAGCGCCUGGUCAUGUGUUCCCGCCACCAUCUACUGUAACAACGCCAUGAUGGGUCCCUACCAACGUACUGGUCUGAACGUCUAUGACAUUCGUGGCAAGUGCGAGGAUACUUCUAACCUUUGCUACUCUGGCCUUGGUUACAUCUCCGACUACCUCAACCAGAGAUCGGUCCAGGAUGCUCUUGGCGCUGAGGUCAGCACCUACGACAGCUGCAACUUUGACAUCAACCGCAACUUCAUGUUCGCUGGUGACUGGAUGAAGCCAUACCACCGCAUUGUUCCCGAUGUUCUUGCCAAGAUUCCCGUUCUCAUAUACGCCGGUGACAAGGACUUCAUUUGUAACUGGCUCGGUAACCAGGCCUGGACCGACGAGCUUGAGUGGGACGGCCAUGCCGGCUUUUCCAAGGCUGAGCUGAAGGAUCUCAAGACCCCCAACGCCAAGAAGGAGUACGGCAAGGUCAAGUCCAGCGGCAACCUGACCUUCAUGCGCAUCUACGGCGCCGGCCACAUGGUUCCCAUGGACCAGCCCGAGAACUCCGUCGACUUCUACAACCGCUGGUUGGGUGGCGAGUGGUUCUAA